UUGUCAGUUUGGGUGUUUUAAAAGAAAGAAUAUAGUUGGUGACAACUGCUGGGUGGAAUUUUUGGUUGGGGUAGGUAUCAAGGGUUGCUUGUUUGCUAGGCGAGCGUGUAGUUAGCUGGAUGGGAGACUGGUCACUUAGAUUGGCAUACAAAAGGAAAAGAAGAGCGGAAGCAAAGAAGACCUGUCCACCGACGCCUACUUCCUGUGUGCCAGCUGCAAACCUUCUCCAGAGCCAGGCAUCUCUGCAGAUAUAUAUAAGACCCCCGUCGACACAGACCCGCUGGCCUGACCUGCUCCCGCUGUGCCUGGCCCGAGAAACCAGCCUCCGACAUCACCCCAAACGGAGCCGUCUACUUGCCUCUUCGAGUCUCCCGGCCCUGCUGGAACCCCCGUGGAGUCCCCACUGGCUAUACUUUGGUCUUCAACAGAUCCAAAAGGGUUUUCGAAACAGGUUGGCUGGUCUGCAGUAGUUGCCGCAUUCGGACAAAGAGCACGGCGCUACCUCGGAGGCACGAAAAAAGUGGCAGCUUACGUAAAUGCGUAGCUUCAGGACACGUCGUGCUCGUUUCACCAACGGGCGAGGACGACGACGACGAAAAGACGACAAGAAAGAUAACCAAGGAAAACGACAGGCUCAGC